AUGAAUGUCUUAUACAAGAAGGUACAGCCAAGAUCAAGCAGAGUCCCGUCCAGACCAUAUGGCAACCAUCCGACCACCGACCUGCUAACAAACGCUAAUUGUUCAUUGUUUCCACAACUACCUUUUAAAACAGUAUCGUUCAAUACCAUAAAGAUCAAAAUCGUACGAAAUGUCCUCAGGCCGGUGCCAGAUGGUCUGCACUUCCUGAGGAUGCUCGUCAAUGGUGGUGGGGGUGGCGGGGCGGGCAGCGCGGGGGUGUGCGGGGCGGGCGGGGUGCGCGGGGCGCAGGGCGGGGCGAGAGGCGGGCCGGCUCAUUCCGCCGCGCGCCGCGCCGCCAGCGACACGUCGCAGGCCAUGGUCGCGAGAACCGAUGAGAUGUUCGGCUGCUAUGGUGACAGCUACUCGUACCGCCUGUGGAGCCUCGCCAACGUAUGGGGCGCCUGCCGAUGUGAG